AUGGAAGCUAUGUUGCAGAAGGUCAUAGGUUGUGAGUUAUUAUCCAUUAUGGAUGGAUUCUCUGGUUACAACCAGGUGAAGGUCAAGGAAUCUAAACAAUAUAAGACUGCCUUCACUACCCCAUGGGGGACCUAUGUUUAUGUCAGAAUGCCUUUUGGACUCACUAAUGUUGGAGCAACUUUUCAGAGGGCUAUGGAUGUAGCCUUUUCAGAUUUGAUAGACAUUAUUAUGGUUGUCUAUCAGGACAAUUUAACAACAUUCUCUAAGAAAGAAGAAGAGCAUUGUCUACAUCUAGAAAAGAAGAAUGAUGAGGGGUUUGAACAACCCAUAGAUUUUUAUAGAAAAUCCCUCCAAGCAGUAGAGCUCAAAUAUGACAUUGUGGAGAAGCAAGCAUAUGCUCUGGUCAAGGCUAUAAAAAAAUUUAGUCCUUAUCUUGUAGGUGCCCAUGUUGUUGCUUAUGUGCCUAAUGUAGAAGUGAAAGACAUUUUUAUUCAAUCAAAGACAACAGACAGAAGAUGCAGAUGGAUCAACAAGAUCCAAGAGUUCAACAUUCAUAUACAGAUCACCAAACUGGUCAGAGGCAUGGGUUUAGCCAAACUUAUGGCUGAAGAAAACUUAGAGGUUGCCUAG